CAAAGAUAGAGCCCGGUUUGGCUCAAGUGGCCCUCACACUCACACAUUGUUCUGGGUCCAGCUGUGCCUUGUUCUUCUGUGGGCUGAGAUGACGACAGAAAUGAGUGUGGGGGUGGGCAGAGGGAGAGAGAGAGAGAGAGAGAGCAAUUGAUUUAAAGCAGAAUCCUCAUUCUGGGUUAGCAUCUCACUGUGAUGCCAAUGUGUGAAGCCUGAGGUACAGUGACCUCUUUAUAGACCUUGAGCAGAAAACCAAUAUCCCAAGAUGCAGUGGUGCAAGUGGGCUGGAAGCUGGAGGUCACAUUUGCCAAGACAGUCUGCCGAGUCAGAAGUUGAAGACUCCUUUGACUUUCUUUUUAAAAUCAUCCUGGUCGGGGACUCAGAUGUUGGAAAGACCUGCAUGGUGCAGAGGUUCAAGUCGGGUAUAUUCAUUGAGAAGCAGCAGAACACCAUUGGAGUUGACUUCACCGUUCGAACACUGGACAUUGAUGGAAAAAAGGUGAAGAUGCAGGUGUGGGACACAGCCGGACAGGAGCGUUUCCGCACCAUAACACAGAGCUACUACCGCAGUGCACAUGGAGCCAUGGUGGCCUACGACAUCAGCCGCCGCAGGACAUUUGAAUCUGUUCCCCACUGGAUCAGGGAGGUGGAGCAGUAUGGAGCAGCCAAUGUGGUAGUGAUACUUGUUGGUAACAAGUCGGACCUCCAUGCUCAGAGGCAGGUGCUGUUUGAAGACGCGUGCACUCUGGCUGAAAAGAACAGCCUGCUGGCUGCUCUGGAGACGUCGGCUAAGGAGGCCCAGAACAUAGAGGCUGCCUUCAUCCUCAUGGCUCGGGAGCUGCUGGCACGCAACGGCAUGGCCAUCACAGAUCAGAACUCUCAUUGCUCUCCCCAGUUCAUGCUGAGUGACUGCUCUCACCCGAUUCAAGCCUCCAUUUCUGACGAUAAAAAGUGCGGAUGCUGAACAACCCGAGUCAGAUUUAGCAUUUGAUGCAAAUUUGAAGUUGGCCUAGUGGAUUGGUUGUUCAACCAGGAAAGGACCUUCUUUAAAGACAAUGUGUAGAUGUUUGGUUUAGGUUGUGAGACAAAGAUUUUAUACAUUUUCUUGUCAUAGUAUUUAUGAAUCUUAUUGGGAUCUUUAACAGGUUUGUAAUAUUCUUCUGGGGGUUUCUGACAAUAUGCCAGAGGACUUUGUACUAACACCUCAACGCAGUAAACACCAUUUUCACUCUA